AUGGGUGUGGCAGAAUCUGCCCUGUCUGUCAUGGGUGUGGUAUCUGUAACACUCUGGUGUGGCAGAAUUUGCUCUGUUUUUCAUGGGUAUGGCAUUUGGGAGCCUUCCAAGGAGGUAUCAUUGGAAGGUCAUUCUGUAUUAUUUGGGACUUCAGCUGAGGUGACACAGCAUAAAGAUCAUUUGGUUUUGGAUGUAGAUGACGUGUUGAUUGAUUUGAGUGCAGCUGAUAGGCGUAGUUUAGACAUGGCCAUUGGUUCACCUCAGGUGGAGGUGUUUGGAUCGUUUCAGUUUGAGGUCAUUGGAGGUGCUAUCAGUCGCAGAUUUGGUGAUGAUGGAGGAGGGUUGCGUGCUCUUUUAUUUUUAGGCUUCACAUAUCCUAACAGUUUAAAAGAUGUGUUUUCCCAUUACUUUCUCUCUGAUCCUGUAUGUUUUGUAAUCCUGCAGAAACUAUUUUCCCAUGUUGACAAACUACUUGCUGCUGACCACCCAUCUGACUGCAGCCUAUGGCUAGGCUUGUUGGCAUUUCACUUGGCAUUAGUUAAUCAGCCCCAAGAAGCUAUUGUCAUUUCGACUUUUGCCUCUGUUCUCUAUCUUGGAACUUGGGAUAGAGGCAUAAAGUUUGUCAGAGAAAAUGUUAAGAGACAUGUUCAGUUCGUUCCUGAAAUUGAAGAGGCUUCUGGAACUAAAUCAGAUGAAUCGCUUCUGGAACAGACAUCUCAGUUGGCAUCACUGCUUAAGACUUCAGUUAGUGCUUUGGUUGACCCAGAAGCUCUCCAGGAAUCACUGGUCAAAUACAAGACAACUUUGCCAUCAUCAAAUCUGGAUCACCUGAUAUUUGUUCCAGAGAGAGCUGCAAGAAAUGUCCUCAGAGUGUUUGAUGGUUUAGAAAGUGAUAUACAUUGUUACGCCAAAGAAAGGAGCUCUUUUUGUAUUAACUACGAUCUGCUGAAGAGAGGGGAUCCAGAUGAAACCAGGUUUGUCCUUGGAAAGGUAAUUUUCGAUACACUGAACAGUGAGCGAGCUUUGCAAGAGGAUCAAAAUCCUGGAACACACAAAUCAAAUGGUGAGGUUAUCCGUCAAAAUAAUCAGAAUACAAGCAUUUAUGCAUCAAAAGAUGAGCCUGUUCAUUGGAAGAAUCAGAAUGCUAGGAGGAGGAAGAAUAGAGAACCUCUAAUGCCCACUUACAAGGUUAAUGCUGUUGUUGAUGAAUUUAAGGGUGAGCGCAUUCACCAGAGGAAUUCUAAUACAAAUACAGAAAAGGGGAAGAAAGGCCGUUCGCUAUCUACACUGUUUGAAUAGUUUUCUUUUUGAUCGCUAGAGGGAGCUUCUUUUAUUGUAUGUAAAUUAUUGGCGUCGAAAUUUGUUUUGGUCUCAGGAAUUAAAUUCAUAUGAAAAUAUGUGCGUGUUUUAGUUAAAAUCUUGUUUCUUCUUACUGUAUGAAAUUUGAAUCUGGUAGUGCACAUGAAAAUUCAAAGAGUUCAUUUGUUUA